UACCGUGCAGGACCUGACUAAAAACUAACAAUAAUGGAGAGAAGGAUGAAGCCUGCUCUGGAGAAAAAGAAAUUAAUAGGUUAGAGAAAGGAGGACAGCGAGGGGAGGAAGGAGGUGGCUGUGUGUGAGAGAGUUGCAGGGUACUGAGGACUGGCUAUGUGUGUCCCGGUGCUGUAUCUCUGCAAGCAACCGAAAGAGGAUGACUGGAUCACAAUUUGGAUGCGGACAGGGAGCUUUGCAUUGGGGGGACGUUGCUGUGAGGACAGCAAAUAGCUGUGACACAGUGUGCGUAUCAGAGCUGUAAUGUGGCGCGAUAUUUACUUCAUUAGAGGAUUAUAAAUUCACUGGUAUGUAGCUCACUCUGAUGUUUUGACCUCUUAAGGGUAUGUCAAAGAAAGCAGAGUUCACUGGAGAAACUAAUGAAAAUGUUUGCGUUUGUUAUGUAGCCAUGAUGCAGAGUGGAUUGUCAGUCAGGAAACACAGUGGUGGCUUGGUGCUCAGUAGCUGUAUUUAGUGAAGUGUGUGUAAAACCUUGCUAGCUGGUAUGGAUCCUCAGCAGCCUGUUUUUAGCCUGAUGAAGCGACUCUGUCCUUGCUUCAGUCUGCUGCCGCUUCCAAGUCAGGACUGGAGUAAGAGUGAUGAGAGGCUCCUGCAGGCCGUGGAGCAGAAUGAACCGGACAAAGUUAUGGCUCUUAUCGCCAAAAAAGGUCUCUGCCCUACCAAGCUGGAUGGAGAGGGCAAGUCAGCGUUCCACCUCUGUGCAUCCCGAGGGCGGCUAGACUGCCUGGAGGUCAUCAUCGCUCAGGGAGCAGACCUCAACAUCACUGAUGGAGCUGGCUUCAGUGCCCUUCAUCUCGCAGCUAAAAACGGCCAAUCGGAGUGUUUAAAGAGACUCUUGCAGGAGAGAUUAGCAGUGGAUUGCACUGACACCAUUGGCAGGACACCGCUUCAUCACGCAGCGGUCAGUGGCUGUUUGUCCUGUACAGAGACCCUGUGGGACUUUAAAGCAAGUCUGGAUGUCCUGGAUGAGGAUGGGGCCACCCCUUUGAUCCUAGCAGCACAGAUGAGCAGAGUGGAGCUUUGUGUCUUUCUGCUUGGUCGAGGUGCCGACGCAAACAUUCAAGACAACCAGGGAAGGUCUGCGUUGAUGCUGGCAUGUGAGAGUGACAGUGUUGAGACAGUAGAAGCUCUACUGAGAGGUGGGGCCAACACACAGCUGAUUGACGCUCUUGGACACAAAGCCAUGGACUACAGCGUAACCACUGGCAACCAAGGCAUCAUGCAUAUGUUGGAGAAUGGAGCACCUCCAGCUGCUGAGGGCGCAGGCGAGGAGAUCCAGGCUUUGCCCCCAUCCCCAAGGCCCAGGAGUCCAGCUCCACCUGCCCAGUCCCCCAGGCUCCAGUCCCAGUCGCCUUCUCCACAGCCUCUUGAAACACAGCAACCAGCCCAGCCAGAGGAUGAAGAGGUGUUUGAGGAAAUACGACGGCUGCGGCUUGAAAGAGGCCGUCUGCUUCAGAAGAUCAAAGCCUUGGAGCAGCAGCAACAGAGCGCCCUCUCUGCCCUGGAGGAGUUGUCCACACUAAAACAGCGUCUAGAGGAGGCAGAAGCAGAGAGAGACAAUCUCCUCAAGGAGCUGAAGGGAUACAAUGGCAUUGGGACCAGUGACUCUGAGGACAUGGAUGAAAUGUUGGACUUCCCAGAGAAGCUGCUCUCCAAGCGCUCAAGAGCCUCUGCUUCCCCAGAUGAGGCCACUUGUGAGGAGGACACUGACUCGGCCCACCCCUCUCUAGCCCCUGCAGACCCAAAGAUUGUUGCUGAACUGCGCAAUCAAAUAGAGGAACUUACCUCACAGAACUCUGAGCUAGUUCUCAAAGUGCAGAUGCUGGAGAUGUUUGAGAAGGAUGACACAGACAUGUUGACCUCCAGCUCGGACUUUGUGCCCCUGGUCCAGUACGAGACCCUGAGGAAGGAGUUUGAAGCUCUUCAGGAGCGUCUCUCUCAGACCCAGGCUUCAGAAGAAUUGUCCAGUGUGGCUGAGGAGUGUGCUGAUGAGAAGUCUCAGAUAGGGAGUUCAGAUGCAGAGAGUAUCAAAGCUUUGAAGGAGAAGCUGCGAGGCCUUAUGGAGCAAUUGGCGUCCUCCCAGUCAGAGCUGGAGGAGCUGAAGGAGCAGAUGCGCCUUGGGGUGCUUUCAGUGGAGUGUGGUGAGAGGGAUACUGAGGUGGCAGGUGGUGGGACUGAAGUCGUGUCUGGGGCUGCAGAGGAGGGUCCCAGCCAAGAGGCACAGCAGCUGAGAGCGAGGGUGACGGAGCUAGAGGAGGAGCUAGCUAAGGGACGGGGCGAGGCAAUGGUCCAGAGCAGCCAGGACAGUGACACAAUCAAACAGCUGAUGGAGAAAGUGAAGGAACUCCAUGCUGCUCUGGCCCAGAAACAAUCUACAGGGAAAAACGAGAGAGACGGCGAAGAAGAAGAGACUGAAACAUUGAAGCUCCUCCGAGCAAAAUUGGAUGACCUGGAGGCAAACCUGGCAGAUAGUAGGACGUCAGCAAAAGAAGGAGGAACGGCAGGAGAAGGAGAUCGGGUCCGACGUCUACAGGAGCGUGUGGCAGAGCUGGAGGGGCAGCUGAGAAAGAGUGUGCCCCGCUCCGAGUUGGAGGAGGUGCAGGUGACUCUGGGGCUCCAGUGUGAGCAGCUUGCCAGGGAACGGGCGGAGGUUGCUAGAAGGCUCAACGUUGCUCUCAUUGAUCUGGAGAGACUCAGGCCUCCAAGAACAGAGGAGGAAGAAGAGGAAGAGGAGGAGGAGCAUUCAGAGAGCUCGGAGCCCUCAGUUAUAACAGAUCCCUCCAGACGUUCUCUGGCAGCUGUAAGAGAGGAACUGGAGGUGGCGAGGCAGGAAGCGUCCCAGGCCCUUGACUGCCUGUGUGCUGAGCGAGAGGGUCGGGCACAGGAUGCCCUACAGUUGAAAGACGCAGUGCCUCUGUCAAAGCAUAAGGAGGCGCUGUCUGCAGUUUCAGAGCAGCUGGCUCAGACUUUGCAGGAGCUCCAGGAGGAGAAGACCCUGCGUAGUCAGGCUGAGGAGCAGGCUGCAGGACUCGAGGCCAAACUGGAGGUCAUGCAGGAUGCUGUACCUAAAGGGGAGCACGAGAAAAUCAAGGCAGAGCUCCAGCACUCCCUGCAGGCCAGUGAGAGCAGUGCAGCAGCAGCUCAGGAGGCUCUGAGUGAUAAGGAGAUGGAGCUGCGAGAGCUGAAGUCCCAAAAGGCUGCAGAACAGGGUCUGAUCUCUAAGGAGGACCAUGAAGCUCAGCGGCUCUCUUUGCAGGCUGAAAUCAACGCCAUCACGGCCCGUUUCAACGAUCUCACUCGCAAACAUGAAAAAACCUGCACUGAGGUGUUCCAGGUGCAACGGGAUGCUCUCUUUAACAAAAGUGAGCGGCAGGUUGCAGAGUCCCAGCUGGCCACAGUGCAGCAGCAGCUAGCCGAGUUACAGGCCAAAUCCAGCCACAUCCAGGAGCUCCACAAGGACAUCCAGGAAUCCCAGGGCCUGGUCAAGGAGAAGGACCGCAAGAUAACGGAGCUGUCUAAGGAGGUGUUUCGACUAAAGGAGGCCCUGGGAGCUCUGUCACCUCCUCUGGGCAUCACCUCCUCCUCCUCAUCCACUCAUCAUGGGAACCCAGGGCAGCAAGUGGCUUGGCAGAACAGGAUUGCCAUACUCACACAGCAGCUACAGGACUGGGAGAGAAAGCAUAAACAGGUGGUGGCUAUAUACCGCUCCCAUUUAUUGGCAGCUGUCCAGGGCCGAAUGGAUGAUGAGGUGCAGGGCCUACUACUCCAAAUCUUGAGAAUGUCACAGCCGGGACACUGAACCUAAAAACAUCUGAAAACACUCUCCAUAUCCGGCCUCUAUACAGGUCAGCGUCAAGCUGCUCCUGCACAGCCGCUUGUAAUGAUUAGUAUCAUGGAGAACUUGUCCGGAAAGCCAAAUACUUCUGAUCUGUGUUAAGGCAUAGCUGCAUGUGUACAUUACAGUAACCUAAACAACAACCUUAAGGGUAACCAGACAGUGAAAGAGGAGCUGUGGAGUGCUUUCAUGGCUGGAAAACUUUAAUUACAGCAGCCUGUAGUUAAGGUUUUUUUUAUGGUGGCAGGAGGGGAAUGUGAUUUGAGUCUAUAUUAAGAAGAUAGAAAUGAUUGUGUGAGAUGUCGAAUGUUUUAUAGAAGAUUGUUUUAAUAAAAAAGAAAACUAAGUUA